UUGCAGGACUGCAGCAGGAGUGGCCGUGCAGCCAGCUUCCUCGAGGACGUGUGGGAACUCAACGGUCCUGCAGGAGAAGACCCCUGGAGUCCAGAACCUUCUGAGAAGAUCAUGGCUGAGCCCAGUGACAACUCUCUGAGAAUGGUUCUGGUAGGGAAGACAGAGAGUGGGAAAAGUGCCACAGCAAACACUAUCCUGGGGCAAAGAAAAUUUGAUUCUAGAAUUGCACCCCAUGCUGUCACUAAGACCUGUCAGAAAGCAUCCCGCAAGUGGAAGGAGAGAGAACUCCUGAUUGUUGACACCCCAGGGCUCUUUGACACCAAGGUCAAGCUGGAAACCACCUGCAUUGAAAUCAGCAAGUGUGUUCUCAAGUCCUGCCCUGGGCCUCACGCCAUCAUCCUGGUACUGCAGCUGGGUCGCUACACGGAGGAAGAGCAAGAAACUGUCAUUAGGAUCAAGGCUAUCUUUGGGGAGGCAGCCAUGAAGUACAUGGUUGUCUUGUUCACCCGCAAAGACGAGCUGGAGGCCCAGAGCCUAAAGGACUUCCUAGAAAGUUCAGAUGCAAACCUAAAAAGCAUCAUCAAGGAGUGUGGCAACCGCUGCAUGGCUAUCAACAACAGAGCAGGGAAGGCUGAGCAGGAAACGCAGGUGCAGGAGCUGGUGGAGCUGGUCGAAGCCAUGGUGCAGAGCAAUGGCGGCGUCUACUUCUCUGAUGCCAUCUACAAGGAUGCAGAGCAAAGGCUGGAGAGCCGAGUAGCGCUCCUGAGGCAACUUUACACCGAGCAAAAACGGAAUGAAGUUAGAAUAGUAGAGGAAGAGUGCGCUCUUGGGAAACUCAGUGCUCAGGAAAAAGAGGAGGUGGUACAGGAAAUUAGGGAAAAAUACGACCAAAAGAUAAGACAAGAAGCAGAGGAUAGCAUACUCAGCCAGAUUGCUGAAGGAAUUAAGAAAAUUCUUUUGAAAGUGUGGCAUAUUUUUCGUAAGUAGUCUGUGUAUUUUUUCAUCCAUUCUAAGCAUUUCUUCAUCUCUCUCCCUCCCAUCCUCCCUGCUGUCCCAUUCCUUCAGCUGACCCGUCCAGCAGGCCACGUAAUUCAUGGGCCUCGAGUUCGGGAUCACCUGGGUAGGAAUGGAGGGAAAGAGAAAGGGAACCAAGCGCGUAUAAAGAAUGACAGAGUCAGUCUGAGAUGCGUCUAGGUUCCGUUUAUUGCAGGCAGGGGUUUAUUCUUAUAGAGUGGUUUUGGUAGGGAGGGGUAGGGUUAGAGGGGAGCGGAAACUAUCGCGCCCUAGGCCAGGGAGGAAGCAAUAUAUCUCUUGAAACAUCUAGUGGUUAGGCCAUGUUUUGGGACACCUUGUGGUUAGGUCGUUCUGAGAUCUGUAUCACAGCUGUUUGUGCAGCAAGCUGUUUUUGCAGCAGGCUGUUUUUGCAGAGAGGAUGAGGAAGAUUGGCCAGUACUUUAGGUCGGGGGCUUCUUGGUCCCCAACAUUCAGCCACCAGCAAACUUCCAAGAUAGCAGAACCAGAAAUUCACUGAGCCAGAGUGAAGACUCAGUGUCAGGCUCCCAGACCAGGUCGCACACUCUGCACUCAGCUCCCUAUGCCUGCCCUGCCUUCCCCACUCUGAUGGACUGAAAUGCCUCUGUAGCCAUGGCCCGAAAUCCACACUGCUCCCUAUGCCAGCCUGCCCUGCC